AGAGUCAAUUAGAUCAAGAGUGGAGAGUCAAGACUGACGGCUUUUUUUUUUUAUACAAUUUUCUUGUGCUCAACUUAAACACUCCUCUCCCUCAUAUAAAAAAAUUUAGCCCAACAAUAUUCCUCUCCAUUACUCUUUCUUGAUUUCUUUCUUUUUGAGAUCCCCAUGGAUUGCAUUGGGUUAAGCUCAGAAUCUCCAUAUGUCCUUAUGCUUAAAGCUGCUUUCUUGAUACCCAUUUCUCAUUAUGUAUUCGGAUUUCUGUUUCUACUCCUUGUGUUUAUCUAUAAUUUCGUGGAAAUGUACUCCAUACAAGAAUUAUUCACUGGACUUAGGGGACAGCCUGUCUCUUUAACCUUUAAUUCUUGCUCUGACCUGUAUCAACAAGUUGUUUCCAAGUGUAAAAUUCUUCAUGGCAGGUUUUCUUCUACUCCAUGGCUUUGCAGUCCUCAUCUUCAGACUAUUUUCUUGCAGCUCUUUGAAAGAGUACCUGCUUGCAAUUAUCAAAGGCAGAUAUUUAAAACAUCUGAUGGUGGGACAAUUGCUCUGGAUUGGUUACGGAAUGUGGAUGAUAAAAAACCAUCUAUCGAAAGUUUUGGUGGAGUUCAGAGUGAUGAUAAAACCCCCAUCGUUGUGGUGAUUCCUGGUUUAACAAGCGACUCUAAUUCUGCUUACGUCAAGCAUCUUGCUUUCAAGAUGGUUAAAUCUGGAUGGAAUGUCGUUGUGAGCAAUCAUCGGGGUCUCGGGGGAGUGGCAGUAACUUCUGAUCGCCUCUAUAAUGCCGGAUGCACGGAAGACGCCCGCAAAGUCAUUGACCAUCUCCACACCCAAUACCCUCAAGCUCCUUUAUUUGCUGUUGGCACUAGCAUUGGUUCUAAUGUUCUGGUAAAAUAUCUUGGUGAGGAAGGAGUUAAUACUGCGCUUGUUGGGGCGGCUGCAAUCUGUUCUCCUUGGGACCUUUUGAUUGGUGACAGGUUUAUUAAGCGCAGGCUUUUGCAGAGAUUCUAUGACCGAGUUUUAGGAAUUGGAUUAAAAGAUUAUGUCGAGCUGCAUCGGAGCGUUUUGCCUAGUCUGACUGAUUGGGACAGCAUUUCUAAGAUAGGUUGUAUCAGAGAUUAUGACAAACAUGUUGUUUGUGUUCUUGGUAAUUUUGAGACUGUUGAUACGUAUUACAGGAAAGUUAGCUGUAGCAGUUAUAUAGGAAAGGUGGGGAUUCCCCUCCUCUGCAUUAGUGCCUUGGAUGAUCCAGUCUGUACAAGGGAAACAAUUCCAUGGGAUGAAUGUCGGGCAAACAAAAAUGUCAUACUAGCUACCACACAGCAUGGGGGACACUUGGGAUAUCUUGAAGGGAUGACGGCAAAAAGCGUCUGGUGGGUUAGGGCCGUUGAUGAAUUCCUUUGUGCUUUGAACUCCAGCUCAUUGAACCUUAGAGAAAAGAUACAGAAUACCACAACGGAGAGUCCCCUGAAAUCAAUUGAUGAGGCACAAUUUGUGGAUAAAGAAGACGGUUUAGUGAUUGCAUUUAGCAACGAGGCAUCAGGUCGAAGAUGACAAGGCUGGAGAUAGUAUUAGUGUUGACAACAAGAACCAAAUGCAAUGGAACUAGCUAGUGACCAGUAUUAAAUUUAAAACUCAACAAGAACCGGAAAGUUUGAACUUUUAAUUUUACUCUUAAUAAAAAAGAAGAUUUUGCUA